GCGACCUCCGACCGACUGGCAAGAUGCUGGCCGGAACGGCGCCAUGGCGACUGUCAUCGAAGCCUCUGCAGACGUAUGGCAAGGGAACCGAGUGGUUCAUUCCUCUAUGGAUGGCACCCAACCUGAUCACACUGCUCGGCCUUGGGAUCUCCUGUUUUGGAUACGCACUUCUCCACCUGCACUCACCCAACUUAACGGGAGUCUGCCCUGGCUGGGUGUGGCUCCUUGAAGCCAUUUGCACCUUUGCAUACCAAACCUUGGACAACAUGGACGGAAAGCAAGCGAGAAGGACAGGCAGCUCCUCGCCUUUGGGCCUGUUCCUGGAUCAUGGUGCGGAUGCUCUUAACAUUGUACUGUCAUCCUUGAACGUAAUGGCCAUGCUGCAGUUGGGGGAGGGGAGGUAUUGGGAAUGUCUGGGAGUCUGGGCAGCCACCACAACCCCAUUUUUCUUCGCCACAUGGGAGGAAUACUUUACAGGAACCCUAUAUUUGGGUGUCUUCAACGGCCCCACGGAUGGCGUGCUCAUCGUCUGCGCGUCAUAUUUGGCCACUUUCCUCCAUGGUGACCAGACAGAGUUGUGGGGCUCCGACUUUGCUUUGGGCCUGUCCAGAGCUCAGGCAAUGAUCUGCUUCUAUGCUGUAUGUGUCUUUGGCACAGUAUUGGGCAAUCUGAUCGCGGUCCAGAAAUGUCCGCAGCGGUUCCUACCUAGCCUGGGCUUGACCGGUCCCUUUUGCGUGCACAUUGCCAGCGUGGCUUUCUGCAUGCUGUCUCCUUCAUUUUCUACAGCACGUAUGGAUCUCAGAGCACUAUUCUGGUUCUUUGGUCUAACCUUCCUGAUUCUAGUGUCUCAGCUUCAGCUUGCGCAUGUCUGCAGUGACGCUUACAGACCUUGGCAUUGGAGCGCAUUGAUAACUGGAUGUUUGAUACUGAGCUGGCUUGCCAGCGACAUCUGCAGCAUGCUAUAUGUAGCAGUUGCGUUGUUGGCCGUAUUGUGGCUGCACAUGGAGUUUAGCAUUGGCCUAGAGAUGGCAGACAUUCUUCAGAUUCCAAUUUUCACCCUAAAAGGCGCAAGUCAAAAACCAAACUGA